AGGAAACAGUAGUGGGCGGUCUCACGUACCGGCUUUCAUUUGAUUCGCUCAGCUUUCUCUUCCUCAGCAGUGAACCUAUUGGAUGCAUCUGGGAAAUCGGACAAUGCUGAAACCGGGGACAGUGCCAUAUCAACACUUUAGUAACCAAGAACAUUUUGCACAAAAUUGUUUUCUUAUUGAAUAAAUUAGACUUAGCUUGCAGGUCCAGCACAUGCCAAAAAAUACAUGAAGAUCACCAUUUAGCGCCAUCGUUGUACAGCAUAAUGACAACUUUAUCACAGACAAAGGAAAUCUUCCGGAGAGCAGACGCUGUGUGCUUUGAUGUUGACAGCACUAUUAUCAGAGAAGAAGGCAUUGAUGAGCUUGCCAAAUUCUGCGGGGUUGGAGAUGCUGUCACAGAAAUGACUCGCAAGGCCAUGGGGGGGUCAGUUACUUUUAAAACAGCUCUGACAGAGCGCCUGUCAAUCAUCCGAUGCUCGAGGGAACAAGUGAACAAACUGAUAACUGACCACCCUCCCCAGUUGACGACAGGUAUUAAGGAGCUUGUUGAUACUCUGCACCAGCGCAGCGUGAAGGUGUUCCUGGUCUCUGGCGGUUUCCGCUGUAUCGUGGAGCAUGUUGCCACUCAACUCAGCAUUCCCCUCCAUCACGUGUAUGCCAACCGCCUCAAGUUCUACUUCAAUGGUGAGUAUGCUGGCUUUGACGAGACCCAGCCCACAUCUGAGAGUAAUGGGAAGGGGAAGGUGAUCAGCAUGCUCAAGGAGAAGCACGGCUUCAAGAACAUGGUGAUGAUUGGCGAUGGAGCCACAGACCUGGAGGCCUGUCCCCCUGCAAAUGCAUUCAUUGGAUUUGGUGGAAAUGUGGUCAGGCAGCAAGUAAAGGAGAAAAGUUUGUGGUACGUCACAAGUUUUGGAGAGUUGCUAAAAGAACUGGAGAAGAUUUAAAGAAAUACCAUACAAACCUGAAACCUCUUACAACUAUUGUUACUAAUGCUAACAUCAGUGUUUUAUUUUCACCUAAUGGUGUGCCUUUUAUGGUUUUAUCCAGCGCACACUUUUUUUCUUCCUCCAGUCAAUAGAUUUAAAAAAAAAAAAAAUGUAUUAGAAUGUUUCCACAACAAUAGUGUCUUCUUGGGUUUGACCCUUGUUGAUUUUUCUACUAGAGAAUAUAAUUUUAAAAAAAAUCAGGUUAACCAAAUGUUAUUCUUUUUGGAGGGAUUUGAGCAGGGUUGGAGUCAAUUCCAUUUCAAUUCAGUAUUUGUUUAAUUCCAGAAUUUAUUGAAUUGACCCCAAUCCUGGAUGUUUUUAAACUGCACUUUUGUGGUUUUGUCCUCAUUUCAAUGCUUUAGUGGUCAGGAUAAUACAACUACUGCAUUUUACAAUAUGUGCCAUCAAAUGUGCAUUUAUACAUGUUUUAAAUUUGCUAUUGACACUAAUAAUAGUUAAAGUGUAAAAUGCA